AUGGACAAGAUCAAGGAGAAGCUUCACAUUGGGUCCAAGGGCCAAGCCGCCGGGCGCAAGCCCCCCACCGACACGGAGCUCGCCCAGCUCAAGGACAAGUUCACCGCCGCCAAGCAGGACCAGGUCUUCACCUUUUACGACGCCCUCCCCGACAGCGAAAAGGUAGCCCUGUACCACCAGCUCGCCACCAUCGACCCGGACCACGUCAACGCCAUCACAGACCGUGCCCUCCACCCGCCCCCGAAAGACGACAGCCAGCAGGAUGUCCUCGAGCCCCUCCCCGAGUCCGCGACCGCCAGCAUCCUCGACUCGGACGCCGCCGAUAUCGACAAGUGGUACAAGUCCGGCCUCGAGCUCAUUGGCAAGGGCCAGGUCGCCGUCGUCCUCAUGGCCGGCGGCCAGGGCACCCGUCUCGGCUCCUCCGCCCCCAAGGGCUGCUUCGACAUUGGCCUGCCCUCCCACAAGUCCCUCUUCCAGAUCCAGGCCGAGCGUAUCCGCAAGAUGCAGUCCCUGUCCAGCAACGGCGCCGCCGUCGUGCCCUGGUAUGUCAUGACCAGCGGGCCGACGCGCGGGCCCACCGAGGCCUUCUUCGAGGAGCACAAGUACUUUGGCCUCGACCCGGCCAACGUCAAGAUCUUUGAGCAGGGCGUCCUGCCCUGCAUCUCCAACGACGGCAAGAUCCUCCUCGAGUCCAAGGGCAAGGUGGCCGUCGCCCCCGACGGCAACGGCGGCCUCUACAACGCCCUCGUCCUCUCGGGCGUGCUCGAGGACAUGCGCCGCCGCGGCGUCCAGCACGUCCACGCCUACUGCGUCGACAAUUGCCUCGUCAAGGUGGCCGACCCCGUCUUUAUCGGCUUCAGCGCCAGCAAGGACGUCGACAUUGCCACAAAGGUCGUCCGCAAGCGCAGCGCCACCGAGUCCGUCGGCCUCAUCCUCGCCAAGAACGGCAAGCCCGACGUUGUCGAGUACUCGGAGAUUGACCAGGCCACCGCCGAGGCCCGCGACCCAAGAAACCCAGACGUCCUCCGCUUCCGCGCCGCCAACAUUGUCAACCACUACUACUCCCUCCGCUUCCUCGAGUCCAUCCCCUCGUGGGCGCACAAGCUGCCCCACCACGUCGCCAAGAAGAAGAUCCCCGCCGCCGACCUGCAGACCGGCGAGACCGUCAAGCCCGAGAAACCCAACGGCAUCAAGCUCGAGCAGUUUGUCUUUGAUGUCUUCCCCAUGCUGUCCCUCGACAAGUUUGCCUGCCUCGAGGUCCGCCGCGAGGACGAGUUCUCCCCGCUCAAGAACGCCCGCGGCACCGGCGAGGACGACCCGGACACCAGCAAGCAGGACAUUAUGGGCCAGGGCCAGCGCUGGGUCGAAAAGGCCGGUGCGGUCGUGGAGCAGGACGGCGGCGUCGAGGUGUCGCCCUUGAUGAGCUACGGCGGCGAGGGUCUGGAGAAGCUCAGCGACACCAAGAUUGCCGCGCCAGCGGUUCUCGAGAUGGAGAAGUAG